AUAUCUCUUCCUAUUUCCUUACACAGUUAUGCUGUUAUUGCCUAUGGCUGUGCCAGCUGCCCAAAGCUGACCUGUGAGAGGGAAGGCUGCCAGACUGAAUUCUGCUACCACUGCAAGCAAAUAUGGCAUCCAAAUCAGACAUGCGAUAUGGCCCGUCAACAGAGGGCACAGACAUUGCGAGUUCGGACCAAGCACACUUCAGGUCUUAGUUAUGGGCAAGAAUCUGGACCAGCAGAUGACAUAAAGCCAUGCCCACGAUGCAGUGCUUACAUUAUCAAGAUGAAUGAUGGAAGCUGUAAUCAUAUGACCUGUGCAGUGUGUGGCUGUGAAUUCUGUUGGCUUUGUAUGAAAGAGAUUUCGGACUUGCAUUACCUCAGCCCCUCUGGCUGCACAUUCUGGGGCAAGAAGCCAUGGAGCCGUAAGAAGAAAAUUCUUUGGCAGCUGGGCACGUUGAUUGGUGCUCCAGUGGGGAUUUCCCUCAUUGCCGGCAUUGCCAUUCCUGCCAUGGUCAUUGGCAUUCCUGUUUAUGUUGGCAGGAAGAUUCAUAGCAGAUAUGAAGGUAGGAAAACCUCCAAGCACAAGAGGAAUUUGGCUAUCACGGGAGGAGUGACUUUGUCAGUCAUUGCAUCCCCAGUUAUUGCUGCAGUUAGUGUUGGUAUUGGUGUCCCUAUUAUGCUGGCUUACGUCUAUGGGGUUGUGCCCAUUUCUCUCUGUCGUGGAGGUGGCUGUGGAGUUAGCACAGCCAAUGGAAAGGGAGUGAAAAUAGAGUUUGAUGAAGAUGAUGGUCCAAUCACAGUGGCAGAUGCCUGGCGAGCCCUCAAGAAUCCCAGCAUUGGGGAAAGUAGCAUUGAAGGUCUAACUAGUGUACUGAGCACCAGUGGAAGCCCUACAGAUGGACUCAGUGUUGUGCAGGGUCCAUACAGCGAAACAGCCAGCUUUGCAGCCCUCUCAGGAGGCACACUGAGUGGUGGCAUUCUUUCCAGUGGCAAGGGAAAAUACAGCAGGUUAGAAGUCCAAGCCGAUGUCCAAAAGGAAAUUUUCCCCAAAGACACAGCCAGUCUUGGUGCAAUUAGUGACAACGCAAGCACUCGUGCUAUGGCCGGUUCCAUAAUCAGUUCCUACAACCCACAGGACAGGUGUAGCAUGACCCUUGCAUGACUCAGCAAAGUGGAUUUUGUUUCCACAGAGAAUGCAACAACAUGGAAAUCCAAGUGGACAUUGAAGCCAAACCAAGCCACUAUCAGCUGGUGAGUGGAAGCAGCACGGAGGACUCACUCCAUGUUCACGCUCAAAUGGCGGAAAAUGAAGAAGAAGGUGGUGGCAGUGGUGGUGGUGGUGGGAGCAAUGAAGAGGAUCCCCCCUGCAAACACCAAAGCUGUGAACAGAGGGACUGUCUGGCCAGCAAACCUUGGGACAUCAGCCUGGCCCAGCCGGAAAGCAUCCGCAGUGACCUGGAGAGCUCUGAUACACAGUCAGACGAUGUGCCAGACAUCACCUCAGAUGAGUGUGGCUCCCCUCAGUCCCAGGCCGCAGCCUGCCCCUCAACACCCAGAGCCCAAGGUGCACCGAGCCCAAGUGCCCAUAGGAACCUCUCUGCCCCAGCUGAGGGGAAGACUGUCUUGAAGCCAGAAGAUGCAGAAGCCAGAGUAUGAAGUGGAAAGAAUGCUCCUGUUCUGAGAAGCACACUUGUAACUGCAUCUUUUAGAAUCUUUUUUGGGGGGACAGGGAUUUAUGUAUUUCAUUUCAAAGAUUUUCUGGUCAGGUUUUCCCCAGGGAAAUUCUGAGAAAUUUGCAGUUUCUUACGAGAUGAAACAUGGAAACUUUGCCCUUAAUCUUACCCCCAUUUCCUCCCUCACCCCUUUUUAGUUUUAAUUUAUUGGUUAAACUGAGGUGGCAAUCUGUGAGGUGUGUCAAAGACUGUACAGAUGUAUGUGUGUAUAUUGUAUGUAUGCUAACAUAUUAUUGAAGGACACAUUUUAAUAAAGAUUUCUGUCAUAAUUCAAA